UCUUGCGUUCCACGGGGCCUCGCUGUUAUAACAGUUUUAUGAAUUGGGAAUUACCAUACGAUGCGGUAGAGGGCGCCAAAGACCAGCGCUCUGUCUCAUAGUGCCUCGUCUUCCUAGGCUCCCUUUACUGAGCUCUGGCUGAUCUGGGGUCAGUUGUCUAAUGUGAUGAAUCCGAGCCUGGAAAGGAGAUCUCCGGUCUGACCUCCACGCUUCGGGGCAGGAAGUUUAGCAACUGGUGCGUGCAACAACUGCGUGCGCUUAUGGCCGGAGAAACCAAAUUAGAGUGUUGGAGAGUUUGCUAUGCAUUCAUGUUAUUUGAGAUAAUGUUUCUGAUCGCAUCAAAUUUAUUAUUUCAUUUUCUCCGGAGAAAUCACGGUUUUGAGCAUUACGGUGAUUAAACGUUUCGGUUGUCAGCGGAAGACAGUCACUUGCAAAGCUGUAGCAGGUAACCGUCGUCUUGCUCUGCCCGCAUCCGGAGCGUCUAGCUCACUCGCAGAGGUGAGGAGUUGAUUUGAUUACCAAGGGAGGAGGGAUGCGCCGCGAACGCAUCGUGCAUCUGAGGGGCGGGACUUCCGUUAGAAGAAAACUUGUCAACAGUUUCGUACAAGAAAAAAUAAACAUGUAGCUUGAUUUCGCGAGAAAGGCUCCAACAACGCAGCCAACGGACACGAAAUCGAGAGUGACAUUGGAGUGACGCACGGGCCAAUAAUUCCAAACUGGCCUGGUUCAGGCACUAGUGGGAUUUAAAGGUCUACGGAGCAGUCUGUGCGAGCCGUGAACGGCUCUGUCAAGAGUUGUGCGCUGAAGUCUGCUGCUGUCCAACGAGAAGGGAAAUUGUUUCUUCGCCUAAUCGGGCAGAUAGCUGUUCCACGGCUGAGGACCGUCUAAACCUCACCGACAGCUUAUUGUGGUCCAAGUGGCAAUUUGUGUUAACAUCGCAUCGCUUCAGAAUCACAACUUGGAUUCGAUUCGAGGCUGGAAGAGGUGUGACGGACGAGAAGGGGAGAGACGAUCAGAGAGUGUGUGAGUGACAUAAAGGGGAUUGUACGGCGGACGAACAAUGGAGUUGGAUUGAGUUUUGGACUGUUUUCUAAAGACAGAAGUUUCUAUUGACACCAUGUGUACUUUGGUAACACUUUAAUUGCCCUCGAAAUGAACACAACACACCCCCCUUUAAUUUAGUCUACCUAAAUUGUUCGCAGUGUCAAAGCUGUGGUCGUCAUCCCGAGGAAUGCAGUUUACGGAAUAUUGUGCAAUAUAGACUGCAUCGACAUUCUCCUGUUCAGUAUCUUAUCCUGAUGGUUAAAGCACAUAUGAAUGACUGGGUGUGAGGGCGAGCCUGGAGAAGAAAAAAUCAUUCAGGCAAAUGAAUGCGUGAAGUCCAGGAAUUACGUAAUUCCUCUUCAGUGUCCAGACUAUCAGAAUGUAGGUGAACAGGGCCCGUGAUGCGCACACCCUUGGUUCACAGUUUCAGAAACAUCAUCUCUCAGCCAUUUGCGGCAAGGUCCGAGCGCAAUAGAGGCUGAAGUGUGCUGCGAUAUCUGCAUCAAAUGAUAGUUUGAAACCACAGCGUUCCAGGGGCGCUCAGUAAGGAAUCUAAAUUGGCUCCAGAGACGUCAGAGUUUAGGCUGCAACACUAUUGGAUUCAAACUUUUGCCUUUGUCUAAUACGUGACCCUAAGCACACAUGCCUAGAGCGAAGAGUUGUUCAUCGAUUUUUCUGAGAAACUUUGUUUGAUAAUCCUCAAAAUGGAUUACCCAUGGUAAUCUAUAGUUGGACUCAAUGCUCGUGGUAACAGAGCUGGGUGUUUCUUCUCUCGGUGUUAAAGUCUACCCCAGUUUUGUCGACCCCGCCUCUGUCAGUGCUCAUGGCAACGGAGAAAACCCUUACCUGUCAAUUUGAAGCAAUUUACUGUGAGAUUAACUAGAGUCAUCAGCAGCUUUUUUUUUGUGGUUGUUGUCGCUGUGUAUUUAUUUAAUACAUUGAACCAUUAGAUAUUGGUUUUGUCGUUGACCCGAGGGACAAGGGGUUUACCCAGCCUGACCUGAUCGACGCGCACGCUGAAAAGAUCCACAUCUUUUCGUGGAAUGUAUCCCAUGGCGCAGGCGCAACGCUGUCAGGCAAGCCAUCUAUAAAUACAGUCCGGCGCGAGGAGGACGCCUUGUUCGUCUUCAGCCAAGUGCGCCUUGCGCAACCUCCGGGCAGAGCGCUGCCUGCUCCUGUUUAAAAGGCUUGGCUCCGAGUCUUCUUUUUUAACGAAACAUUACCGAGUUCUGUACUUUUGCACAGUGCGGGCUUAUUGGAAAGUUUUACGUGUUUCAAAAAGGAGGGUUUUAAGGUGCGCAGAAAGACUAGUUGCAAGGCCAGUGGGAAGCCUGCUUGAGUUCACCUGAGGACUGUGGGUGUUUUUCAGUGUGAUCUGUGGAAUGUAACUAGAUGCUCCCCUGUGGGUUUGCAGAUGAAAAGAGACCUUUAUUCUUCUCCAUCUCUCUUGCACUCUCUCUCUCUUGCACGCACUAGGAUGAACUGAACCACUUGGAUGUUCCAUGUUGCUUUUGGUUGACCUCAGAUACUUGUUUUCUUAUUCGGUGUCACCCAGUUUCACUGGUGUGUGUAUGUGUGUGUGAGAUACUCCUUGGAAUUCAGGCAUGAACUUGGAAAAGAGAUGUGAGUCCUAACACUCAGGGCUAACACACACAUUUACCACAUACAUCUUCCACCCACCCACACACACACACACACUGACACAUUUACACUUUUAAGAUGAGUGGGGGUAAGAAAAAAAGUGGUUUCCAGAUCACCAGUGUGACAUCAGACUACAGCCAGUGGGCAACUGAUAGCCCCUCCUCCCAAAACCCUGUAACCACGGAGACCAGCCCUGCUGCGGCGCUGAGCAACGGAGGCCAGAGUGCCACAGCUUCCCCAUCUCUCCCCCACAGGCAGCCAUUGGUCGAGGCGAGCUCGACAGAUGCUCAAGUCAUGCCCAAUGGCCCAUCCCAUUUUCUCACCAUCAGCCCCACCUUGCAGACGGACAGGAGUUCUAGCCAACCAGCAACGCCUGUGCUGUCACGCCGGCAGAGCUCGGGGGACCAGGGCGGCUCAGGGGGCGGGGCCUCUCGUUUCCGCGUGGUGCGUCUGGGCCAGGGAUUGGGCGAGCCGUUCAAACGCGGCCGCUGGACCUGCGUGGACCAGCUGGAGCGGCCCGAGCCCGAGCCGCGCCUUCGCCGCAUCCUGGACAGCAUGAGGCACGCCCACUCGCUGGAGUCCCUGGACGCGGUAGGGCUGGAGGGGGGCGGAGCGGUGGGCAGCGCCGCGCUGAAGCCGCUGGGGCUGGCCCGGGGUCUGCGGGGGGCGGCGGGGCCCGUGGUGCACUCGCAGGGCACCAGCCACCUGCUGGCGCAGCAGCAGCAGAGGGGCGGCCCAGGAGGGGGCGCCCUCAGCGGACCGGCGUCCCCGACGCACUCCAGCGCCGAGGCGCCCAGCCUGCUGACGCCGCCCAACCCACGCACGCGCAACAUUCCGCCGCCACUCAGGCUGGACAUGGACGCCACCGGAAAGUUCCGUAUGACCCAGUCUCAGCCCAGCUCCCCCGGCUCCCACCUGGGUGGUAGAGAUGGUCUGUUCCACCCGAGCCUCACGCCCAUUCAGACGCCCUCAGCAUUCGCCCUGGCACAGUCCAUGUUUGGAGUUGGGGGUGCCUUUGAGGUGGAUGAAAGUGGAUCUGGAAAUAGUGCAAUUGCUAUUGACAACAAGAUUGAGCAAGCGAUGGAUCUGGUGAAGACGCACCUGAUGUUAGCUGUCAGAGAGGAGGUAGAGUUGCUAAGGGAGCAGAUUAAGGAACUGACAGAGAAGAACGCCCAGCUUGAACGAGAGAACUACAUCCUCAAGGCCCUCAGAGACCGCCACUAAGCAUGAUGGGACUUGUAGUCCUUAUGCCCACAGGCCACUUUGGAUACAUAGUUUGUUUGCCCAUCGGUCUCCUUGGAAAAUGAGACUUUGUACAUCCAGGUCUCACUUGACGUGAAGUUUGUCUACCCACAAGGCCCAUAGACCUCAUGGGACGUGUAGUCCAUCUUGUCACCGGCCUCAGGGGAAACGGAGUCUUUUCUCUUCUGGCCUCUCGAAUAGCGCUCAGGAUGAAGGGAUGAAUGAAAAAAAAAGAAUGUUCUCAGAGCGACAAAAGUGUGGAUGGAAGAAGAGGAAAGUAGUAAAGGAGAGAAUUAAAACUAAUGACUUUUGUUAAAAGGAUGGAACAAUUAAACUAGACUUUUAACCCUCACCUUGCAGAUUUAUGCAGAAUGACAGGGAGGCUCCUGGGACUCCCUGAUCCCAGCAUAUGCAAACUACACAGAUAUAUCCACACAUUCACGCUGCAGUUGGUAUAUUUUUAAACAGAAAAUCACAUACACAUGGUGUGCGAUACACUUGCACUUGCUUACCAUUCACACAAAUGCACACAUGACACACGCCAAUUCAUGAACUGAAAUAUUCUCUCACUCUCUUUCUCUUUCUCUUUCUCUCUGUCUCUGUUACUGUUUCACACACACAAUUGCAUAUUUCCACAUGAAUUAGGGGGUUGUGUGAGAAUUUACAUUUACACUGUCUAAUAUCUCAUAUAAUUAUUUUAAGGUGGAGUUUGCAAAAAUGCUAAUAAUAACGAUGAGUAGUGUUAAUGACAGAUCUACCAUAUGGAGACCUUUAAAUGCCAUCUUUAUUUAUUUAAAUGUGUUUUCCACCAGAAUGAAUGUGUAUUUUGAGCAGUCCACUGGCCUAUGGAUUCCCUCCAACCAUGUGUGGGUAUGUGUAGGCCUGUGUAUGUGUGUGUUUGAAUAAGUCUUGUAUUCCCUAUACGAUUGUGUGUUUCCAUUAGGGUGUGGCCUCCACAUUUUCUCCAGAAAGAAGCCUCUCCUAUGGGCCAUGCCCAUUUGGUCUGUCAACAAUGCUCAGUAAUCAUGAAAACCAGACAAUGGGGUACAGUUGUCAGUGUCAAGUAUCAACCGGUGUAGACUUUUACAUAUCUAGUUACUGCUGUCAUGGAGUCUACUUAAAAACGAACCCAGUGCCUGCCCUAAGGACUGCCUGUGUCCGUGUAUAUCUCUGUGUGUGUGUGUGUGUGUGUGUGUGUGUGUGUGUGCGUGUGCGUGUGCGUGUGCGUGUGUGUGUGUGUGUGUGUCUAAAGAACGGUCUCUUAGCAUCAUUGUGCCAAACGGAUUGUGAAUGUCUUUCUCUGAAAGCACUGCUAUGCUUAACAGUAGGUUUUGUACAUUCUUUUUAGGUCGCCUCGGUAACAAUUGUUGUGUGCAGUUUUGUUGCCAUUAUUACUCCCAGUCUGUGCUGCUUCUCCGGUAAUGCUGAACAGUGGUACGAGGGGAUUGUUUUAUGACUGUCACACCUUUGGUCCUGAACUUAAAACUCUCUCUCUCUCUCUCUCUCUCUCUCUCUCUCUCUCUCUCUCUCUCAUUCUGUGGAAUGCUUUUGUCCGAGAUGUUAAUUAUCUCUACUGUUGAAUGAAAAUAAAAAGAGUAAUCUAAUAAAUAACUUUUACUAA